AUGGAUCAAAGAGAAAUUCUCAUGCAAAACCUGCAAAGAGUCAAGAGCAGAAAACUCAAUAAAGAAGAAUUCACAAAUGAAUUUUUGAAACUGAAAAGGCAAUCGGCAGCCUACAAAGCAGACAAAACCUACCCAACGGCUACAGCUGAGAGGCCAGAAAACAUCAGCAAGAACCGCUACAAAGAUAUCUUGCCAUAUGACCACAGCAGAGUGAAGCUUUCCUUGAUCACAUCAGAUAAAGACUCCCAUUACAUCAAUGCCAAUUUUAUCCAGGGUGUAUAUGAGCCAAGGACCUAUAUAGCUACCCAGGGUCCUCUUUCCACAACUGUUCUCGACUUAUGGCGGAUGAUUUGGGAAUAUAAAGUCCAGGUUGUGAUCAUGGCAUGCAUGGAAUUUGAAAUGGGGAAGAAAAAAUGUGAGAGAUACUGGGUGGAGGUAGAUGAGUCCCCUAUCCAGUGGGGGCCUUUCACUGUUUCCUGUGAGGCUGAAGAAAAGAGGAAUGAAUAUACGAUUCAUACUCUGAAAGUGGCCCUGAAUGAUAGUGAAAUCAGGACUGUCUACCACUUUCAUUAUAAAAACUGGCCAGAUCAUGAUGUACCCUCUUCUAUUGAUCCCAUUCUCCAGCUCAUAUGGGAUAUUCAUUCCUACCAAACAAUCAGUGAUGUACCUAUCUGCGUACAUUGCAGUGCUGGCUGUGGAAGAACAGGAGUCAUCUGUGCCAUUGACUAUACAUGGACCUUGGUAAAAGACGGGAUUCUCCCAAUGAACUUCAGCAUUUUUAGCUUGAUUCAAGAAAUGCGCACACAGAGGCCUUUAAUAGUUCAAACUCAGGAGCAAUAUAAGUUGGUUUAUGAUGCUGUAAUCGAGCUCUUUAAAAGGAAAAUUGAAGCAUUCCCUGAUCCUUCCAGUAUUGUGGCUAUGGAGACUGAAGCAAACAAUCCAACAACCAAGACAGUCUAUGCUUUGCAUACAGGAACUUCUUCACUGAAACAACUGAACAGUUCAAUUCAAGAGGUACAGGAGAAAUCUCAGGGUUCCCAUCAUGAUGUCGGGGGCUUGGACAUGCAUGGAAGACUCAGGGAUGGUGUAUCUCCAGCAGUCAGACAAGCUCUUUCAACUGAAGCCUUGAACUUCAGCAGCAGACAAAACAUGACUACAAUAACAGAAUGUAAUUCUUUGUUGGUGAGACAGCCACUCCACAAACAUCAUAGUCUGGACUUCAAUAGUGUCGUUUGGGGAAAUUCGCCUCUCACUUUGAGGCCAGAUGGUGAAAAUGGAGUAAGCUUCGAUCCAAAGGCACCCCUGUCACGAACCAAAUCUACCCCUUUUGAGAGAACAUCCCAAGUACUGACUAGAAAGAACUCAGACUCCCCUUGUGGCCUCAAGCUUCAAGGUGAUGCAACCCUUUCAAAUAAACAAUUUAACCAUACUCAGUAUUAUAUACAUUGGGACUUGCGUCACAAGCCCAGGACUUGGUUGACAGAGGAUCCCUACUUUUCUUCACUCUCUUCGGAUGACCCAUGCUCCCCAACGCUUACUGAUUCUGCUGCGAGUUUACAUGAAACCAGUCCCCCUGUUUCACCUGCUGAGGAGUCCACAGCACAUCCCUGUGACAAUGCAAGGCCUACACCCCUGCAGUGUAGUCCUCAGGCCCAGAAUAACCACCUGCUGAAUGCAGAAUCAGAUGGCCAGAGUUCUUCCACAUUGGAUGAGGACAUUCCUCCCCCACUGCCUGAGAGAACUGCUGAGUCUUUUAUUGUACCUGAGGAAUCAGAUGACUUUUCAUUGGCUGCUUCAACCCACCAACCACUACCCAAAAAUGAGAAAACUGGAAUAUCUGGGGAAUGGAAUGGAAUGCCUCAAUUGAAAUUAUCUGAUGACUCUGUGAGAUUGAGACCAAGCAAGAGCAUGAAGCUGCAGAGACCCAGAUCAGAGUACCAUCGGGAUCGCUCUUCUUCCCCUCCCCCUCUGCCUGAAAGAACCCCUGAGUCAUUUAUUCUUGCUGAUGAGGAAUGUCUACCAUCUGUUUGGAGUAAUAUUGUAAGUCCUGGAGACUCUGGGAUUAAACCAAUUGACAAGUCAUCAAAGGAAGCAAAAUGCUUCAAGAGGAGUAAGAGCUUGAAAAUUUUACGAAAUGUGAAAAAUAGCAUUUGUGGUCCAUCUUCAUUAGUAAAACCACCAGAAUCUAACCAGUCCAAUCACUCUAACUCCAUCUUGAGCUUUGGCUUUGCAAACCGGUUCUCAAAACCCAAAGGACCAAGAGAUCCACCACCAAACUGGAAUAUUUAGUAGAUCAUCAAAGAUGCCUUCCACCCAUUGCAGAUCUGCUUUAUUCAUCUACCUUCUUUUGUUAAAUACCCUUCACAACAGGAUCACCCCAAAAGGCUUUCAUCUAUCCAUUGACCUGGAUGGCAUCUAGCAUAAAUGGGAAUUAAAUGCUUAGUGCUUGGUUCCUGUUCACAUUUUCAGUAAAGAUGCAAUAGACUGUUUCUUCAGCAUUAGGGGUUUUUAAGCAAGUUUCAACAGAGCGAAGUUUGGGCUCAAACCUGCCCAGAAUCCACACCCUUUGACCCAAAGAUCCUGACUCCUGACCUCAGUCCAAGGUGUAAAGACAAGCCAUACUAUUAUUCAGAUUAUUCAGAGGAAUAGUUAUUUAUUAUGAAUGUGUGUGCUUUCAGACUAUUUGUCUGUUCUCUGGCUUUUGUACUGUGGCUGAAAUUGGAAGAGAAUUUGUCUAUUUGCAGGUGA